AUUCAGUGUUUCGUCACAUGACAAUAUUACACACUGCAGCUCGAUGUCUUUCAAGAUGAAUGUGUUGUAUUGUUUUGCGAUUUGUGUGGUCCUUCCACUGAUUGUAACGGAGACGUUGAAGUUUCACCCACGGUCUCACAGUAAAAGUAACUUAAAAAUGACGGAUGGAGAGUUGGCAAUGCUUCUUGAGCAGUACCUGGUCGGGGGCCACAAGGCUACAAACUUGAAGGACUUCGUGUUCAAGAGCUGUGGAGGAAACACUGACAGUAUCUUCAAUCUGACCAUCUCUCCAGAUCCCAUUGUCUUCCCUGGAGUUCUUACCGUUGAUGCACAUAUAAACCUGAAACAGGAGAUAUCAACUCCACUGAUGGCCCAACUGACAGUGCAAAGGAAAGUUGGGGGUAUUUGGAUAGAAGUGCCAUGCAUUACUAAUAUUGGAUCCUGCACUUACGAAAAGUUGUGUGAGGAUCUGGAGUCGGUAACUUGUCCAGCCAGUAUUACAGAACUUUGCCAUUGUCCAAUCAAAGCAAAAACUUACUCUGUGCACCAGACAUUUGAAGUGGAUGCCACUGUUUUCCCUGUCGGAGACUAUAAUGUCACAGCCAAGGUGACCUUCGGACCCGACGGAAAAUACUCCCAGUGUAUUGAUGCAUUGUUCACAAUUGGAUAUUAAAAUAUGUAUCAGAAAAGAGGGCUAAGAAGCAGAUGAGCAAGAAAACUCAGUGGAGAUGCCAUUCACCUAUAAAUCGGCACAAACAUGAUGGACCUGAAAUAGUCUGCAUGACUUAAACAUGAUCAUGAAUUCCCAGUUAUCCAAAACUACUGAUGUUUCCAUAUAUUCAAGUUUGAAGUUAGGUUUCGUCUCCAAUUAUUACUUCAUGUUCUGUUGAUUCAGCUGUUAUAUUACAAGACCAAAAAAACAAUUACAAUAUAUGUUACAAUACUCCUCAUCGUUUUAACAAAACUGUUCUUAUCUCUACUGGACUGAAUGUGAUCAGAGAGGGGUUCCAUUGGAUGCAGAUGAAGUAUGCCAGUCUUCUCUUUAUGGGAUGAAUGAUGCAGAGGAUAAAGAAACUUAAUAUAUUAUUGGAUGAACAAAGAUGGAAAGGUGUCUCUAUCCUUUGAUUUAUACCAAAUCAUGUGAUCAUAAAAAGGAAUACAAUACUGAAUUUAGAUCUUGUUUACUUCCGUAGUAAGUAUUUUUCUAUUUAAAAGUUUACAGAUAAAAAACCUUUACUGUAAAUUUUGUUUUGUACAUCAUUGUAUGAAGUGUUAUUUAUUACCAGUAAGUUGUUACUUUUUAAUUCUGAUGUUACAGGGUUUUUCAUCAGUAAAUGUUGGGAAUACACCAACUUGAAGGUUAUUUCCUAUAAAUGAAAAUUGUGUAAACACUGCGAGAAAGUUGUUCCAUUUUGAAAAUCACUCCUUUUUCAUUGUAUUGUCGUGUUAAUUUCCUCACUUGUGAAGUUGAAUUAAUAAGCAAAUUCAAUCCCAUUCAAUAAACAUCAUUCUUAAGAUGAUGCAUACUAUAUGGAUGUCACAUGAUCAGAGGCUUGUUCAAGUUGGAUUUUUUCUGUUGGGAGUACUAAUAUCACAUACACUGCUGCGAUGUCACUUUAUUUGUUGUCUCUUAAGUAACUUGUUGUCUUAAAAUAAAUGAUGAUUCAUGUCAUUUUCUUGUCGUUAUCCGAUAUGAAAUAAUUAAUGAUGUUUACAGAUUUUCCAGUUUUCCAUCAAGUACGUGUCAUAAUUACAAAAAAACAUGAUAGUGUAAAAGUAAGGAUCAUGAAUGAUUAAAUAAGAAAAUAUCCAAAAAUAGAAUGUGGCUCCUAUAACAAGACUCAUUAUGAUAUAUAAUCUUACCAAGUUGUCUAAUUAAUAUACAUUCCAGCAGAGCUAUACUUUUACUCUGUUAAUAUUAAAUACUGAUGUAUAUUAACAUGUAUGUACCUAUAUAUACAUGUAAGUUACUAGAUAUAUAGUAAUGUCCAUGUGUGUUAAUUACAUCCAUCCUUCAGUCAAUUACUCUUUGCAAGCAUUGCUUUAUUGACGAACUUCAUAUGUAGCAUGUAUACUACAUCUAGUUAAUGCUCAAAAAUAUAGUGACCAGGCUUUCCCUUUGGUCUGAGAAGCUGAUCUAGCGCAGACAUAUAACGACUGAGUGAUUUCCUGGACACUUGAGUUACAUCGGAGGAAGACACUGUAUUGGGUAUCAAAGGUUACGAAAACCACUUGUCACUUAACCUUCGAUCACAAACCUGGUAUUAAAACAAAAAUGUGGUAUUUCAGAGCAUAGUUUAUCUAUGUCACUAUCUCAGAAUGAUUUGGAUCAGUACCAUGCUAUAGCCACAUGUACAUCAUCUUACUGUAUAUAAGCUGUUACCAUACAGAUGACACAUUGUAUAUGACCACAUCUCCUGUAAGAAGGUGAUACAUGUACUUACAUUGUAGUAUAAUUUGUACAUGCUUAUACUAGGUCUGACAGUGAAGUUGAGUAUUUAUGACCACAUCUCCUGUAAGAAUGUGAUACAUGUACUUACAUUGUAGUAUAAUUUGUACAUGCUUAUACUAGGUCCGACAGUCAAGUUAUGACCACAUCUCCUAUAAGAAGGUGGUACUUAAUAUAAUUUGUACAUGCUUAUACAUAAUGAAUACAUCUAGGUCCGACAGUUGAGUAUUUAAAUGUUCCCGAUCAUUGUCUUUCCAGAUUGUUUCAUAUAAAAAUGUAUGAUUUUGGUUUUCCCUGCUGUGAGAUUAAUAUUUAAAUCUACUUUUUAAAAUAUAAUUGAAUGUUGUCUGUAAUUUAGAUGGUUCUUGCAUUGCCUGUCUGUUUUUUCAUAGCUAUAUUAAAUUUGUGUUUAACAAUCACUAUGUUCAAUUAUUUCCGGAUAGAGGCUUGCUGUGACAUUUUUACCGACAUAUCUUAUAAACCUAGCUUUUGAUCAUAACUGUG